ACACAGGAAGUGUGGAGGUAAACAGAAGCGAUAAUGUUUCCAUGGAAAUAUUUUAUACUUUCUGCAGCGUGUAUCUUAUCGCAGAUCUGUAUUUUUUGAAGUAUGCAGUUGGUUUCAGCAUUCGGUUGUUUUAUGAGGUAAAUAUACAAACUCUACAGGUAGUGUGAGUGGCGAGGAUGGCCGAUGUGGUGUUAGGCGUUGGGACAGGUGUGUUUAUCAUCACUUUAAUCUGGAUAGUGACUCUCGCGCUCACCAUCGUUCUGUCGCGCGCAACCGGCCCAACAAAGUUAGGAAUCAUUCCUAUAUUUCUAAUGGCGCUCAGCGUCACACUGGUUUUAGUUUUCUUCCCGCGCGCCCCUGAAGUUCCUUCCCCUGAAAAAACGGUUCAGAUAGUGGAUAUGUUCUUCAUCGGCCGAUACGUGCUUCUGUCCUUGGUGAGCGUGGUGUUCUUGGCAGCCCUGUUCAUGUUGCUGCCCUUACAUUUCCUGGAGCCCGUGUAUGCCAAGCCCCUGAGAACACACUAGACCACGAGACUUCAUGUGCCAAACUCCUACAGAUAUCCUGAAGCGGGCCAGCCAACCUGGCAGCGCCGUCGAUCAACGAGCCCCACUUGAGAUGAGAGGACAGCAGAAGGUUCCAGGGCUUUUGUCUUCCUGUUCAAAUCAGAGAUGUCCACAUCUCUCUGAGAGCACAGCACAGAAGGGUCUGAAUGCAGCACGUUUUCACAAGGGUGUGGUUGGGUAAAGUUGUGUAUGUUAGAUAUGUAAUCAGUUUUGUUAUUUUAAAUGUAGUGCAUUUUUACUGUUAAAAAUAAUGAAUACAACUUA